AUGAAGAAAAUUUCGACCGACGCAGCCGAGCUUGGCAUUCGGCCAUUGGGCCGAUGCGUGGUCACUGGGGGGCGCGGCUGGGUCGGAAAGCGUUUGGUUCACUAUUUGCAAGAGAACGCUGCUGCAUUUGGCGUGACAGAAAUCAUUUCCGCCGACAUUGCGCCUUUGUCGUCUUCCAAAAGGUUGUCUACGACCCCUCGAGAUGAAGAAGAUCAAGAUCGAAAGUGUGCAGAAGCGAAGAUGAACAAUCUUCAAGUGUCUAUUUCAGCCGCGUCUAAUAGCACGAACAACGAAUUUCCGCACGUCCGAGAAGUGAUUUGCGACGUAUCAAAUUCUGAAGCCGAGGUCACAGCGCAGCUUUUCACCGAAGACAAAGGGGAACGAGUAGACACCGUUUUCCAUCUGGCAGCCGUUAUUGACCUUCGCACAGAAAAACAGUCCUACUUCGAUCACUGUUUGCGCGUCAACUGUGUCGGGACGGAAAAUGUUUACAAGGCCUUUUGCAGUAAUGCGGUCAAUAAAGCUGCAGGAAAGAGUUGUGUAAAGUCGUCCGCAACCGCACCAGCGAGAACCUCAAGCCCUGGGUGGUCUCCUGCGGGGACAACGAGCACCGAGGACGUCGCCUUGGCUCUCAGCUCCGAUCGAACAAGCUCCAGCACCUUUGAAGAAGUCUUAGAAGAUGCAGGCUGCAGGAUCCCUGUUGGAAAAGCUCGCAUGAUCCACGUAAGCUCUCACGAUGCGACUUACAACUACGAUGCCAAGCGGAAUUCCAGUGCCAAACCAUUUCUAAAAAUGACGGCCUACGGUUCCUCGUUGCAGAUAAACUCUCCCUGUCCCUACGCCCGAAGCAAAGCGCGAACUGAGAAAAGGCUACAGGACUUGCACGCUGGAGCGAACCAUGUGGUCGCUCACGUUAAACAAGAGAACAGUAACAGUGACCGGAUUUCUUGCAGCGCCACCUCCUGCGUCGAUGGUCAUGUUGCGGAAGAUCCACAAGAACCCAGCAGCGCUAAUGUCAACAACAUCGACCUGAUUUGCGUCCGCCCGACACACGUGUGCGAUUUCGGAGAACAAUUCUUGCUUGAUCCGGUUGCGCGGGACCUGAGCACUGUCCCUUUUCGCAUUUCGUGCGCGCGAGACAAAAAGAUGUCGUUCGUUUCAGUAGAAACGCUGGUCAUUGCGCUGGUACAGGCGGCGAGGGUUGUGGAUGCCGCUCGUGUAAACGAUCGAGAUGCAAAGGCUAGUGGUAGUGUGCUGACUUCUGCAUCUCCAGCAUUCCCGGUUUACUACGUGAAAGAUUUGGACUGCAAUUUCUUCGAUUUUUACUUCCGCUACGCGCGGAAGCCGAUGCAAUUCUCCCCGGCAAGCAGCACGAGAAGCAGAAGACAUGCGGCGAGAAUCCGAAGAAAAUCUGCAAAAUGUCAAAUUUAUCUCCCCGCACCGUUCCUCCUAGCCGUUGCCUGGUUAGCGGACGUAGUCUGGCUUGGCGUGUAUUCUGUCUUUCGGGGACGCAUAUUUGAGCGCCAUCCCUUUUUGGGCCUUCGGUACAACGGGGUCUGGUUGCCUUGCUCGGAUAUGAUUUCCGAUGAUGCAGAAGCAAGGAGGAGACUCCAGUACAGAAGUAAUCAGAAAUUGGUUGAAAUGGUAGGACUUUCGGACGAUGAUGGAUGUUGUGAAGCAGAUGACGAUGCUCUUCUUGCAGCGCGUUUGAUGAAGGGAGAGGGGCUAGCAUAUCAAUCCACUUCAGAAAUGAAAAAAUCUAGCAAGGAGCUCGCUAAGAAACAAAAAUGUAAAGCACUCGACCAUGGCUAUGGUAAUCAUGCCCAGAAUCUGGCAUUGUAG